UGUUUUUUGGAUGAAAUUUGUGAUAUAUGAGAUUUAUAUUUUCAUAUGCAUGCUUAAAGAAUUGAUUUUUAUUGUUUUUUGUUUGAUUUUGGAUGUGGGUUGGUUAUUGUUUGCUUAUGUUUCUAUGACUAUUCUACAAGAUGAUUCCUUUAGGGUGUUGGUGAAUUUAGGAUAUUAGUAUAGGGUAGGUUGAACUCAUCUAUGAAUAUAUAAUUGGAUUAUUUUUCUUUUGUGUUAUAUGUAGUAUUACAUAAUUUAUUAUUUAUAAAGUUUUUUUAAUAGAAUUUUUUUAAAAAAUUUAUUAUACAAUCUAUGAAUAUAAUAUCAUUAUCUUGUAAUCGAAUCUAACUUCAAAAUGAAUUUAAAAUUAUAUAAAAACAAAAAAUCAAUAUGGACACGAUAUCUGAUUUUGAACCGACUCGAAACCCUUGACCCGAAAUCAAUCAGAUACCCCGAAUGAACACCUCUGGUCUAUAGCCUAGACACGUCUGUGCCUAGACUCCCUUGUUCUAAGUUUCUUGCUUUUUUAGCUUUUGUUCUGAAACUGGUUUGUGUACCUUAUACAUCUUGUUUACCACUUGAUGUUAUGAUUGUAUUGUUUGAUCAUGGAUUUAUCUGUUGGGUUUGAAAAUUUGUUUGGUCUAAAUUUCAAUUCCUUUCAUUUUUUUUUAUUUUUUUUUUUUGUUUUGAUUGAUUACUUGAAAUUUAUGUUUGUCAAUGAUGGAAAGAGCAAUCUCUGCAACAGCCUCAUGAAUAUGUACCGAAUGAAUUCAUUAACUUUGCAUUGACUUUGUGGCUUUAGUUCAAUUUUUUUAUUUUUGUAUGGAGUUUCGAGUUUCCCUUUCGUAAUCAUAGUCUUUCAACAUAUUUGAUUGUUGGCACCGUUACAUUAUUCGCUAGUUAAUUUGCUUUUUGAAUUCGAGAUUUGCGACUCUAAUAUAGCCCAAAAUCGACCAUAAUUCGCUUUUUUUAUUCGUCAUUCGCUAGGAGAUUAGUUGAUCAUGUGACAGUGAUUGUUGGCAUUAAUGGUAAGAAUAGUAUCGACAAUUUAAGUGAUUUAGCUAAGAAAAUUACUUAACUUGGUUCAUGAUUAGACUUGUCCUACUAAUCUGUUGAGUAUGGUGACUCUAACGAGUAGCACCAUUGAAUGGUGAAGAAGAUGAAUCAAGAGAAGGGUCGUGGAAGAGCUGUAGGCUGGUGCGCAGAGAAGCCCGCGGGGGGCGGAGCACCUGCUGCCUUGGUGCGCGGGGUGCGGAGGGCGUGCUGCCUUGGUGCGCGGGGCGCGGAGUUGGCUGCGGGGCACGGAGUGCAAUUUGUCUUCAAGUCACGGCUCGCGAGAUUGUACGCGGCUCUCGAAAUGACGGUUAUUUCUCACGCGGAGCAGUUUCCUUUUUUCUUGGACCGGUUAAUUGUGGAUACUUGGAGCCCAAGUUUUCUUUUAAGUUGGUUUUAUUAUAUUUACCCCCUCUUAUUAGCGUUAGGGUUUAUUAUUCACAAAUUGAGAGAGAUCAUAAGAGAACCAUUAUUAUUUGCGAGUGUUAUUGAGAUUCAUCUUGUAAAUUUGCUAUCAUAGUGAAAUUAUUUGAUCUCAGUGCUGAUGGACGUAGCUAUCACAUUGAUAGUGAACCACGUUAAAUCUCUUGUGUCAUUUUCUUAUUGUUUGCAUUGAAUUUCUUUAUUGUUUCAUUAUUAUUCAUCGAUCUUGCUUCCGUUGUCGCACAACAUAAUCAUUUACCCUAAAACUCAUCCCAUUUAUUAAUUUAAUACCGACAACCAAACACAGGGUUAGAUAUUUUGCUAGUUUUGUUGUUGUAAUUUGAAGCAAUAGCUCAUUUUCAAGUGUUUGUGAACAUUUGCUCAUGUAGGUAGAAAGUUCCAUCUUGGUUGUUUUUCAUGAGUGCAUUGUUCGAGUUAGCGGUUUGGGGUUAUGGGGGUGACGAGCUCUAAAAUAGACGAUGACAAGCCCUUACAGUUAUGCCGUGAUAGGAAGAAAUUAGUUCGACAAGCUCUCAAUGGGAGGUGUGCGUUAGCCGUUGCUCAUGUCGCUUAUAUUCGUUCAUUAAAGAUAACCGGGAUGGCAUUUAGAAACUUUGUGCAGCCGGAUGUCCCUGUGGAUUCCUCCUUGUAUACUUCCACUAGUGCUACUCCCGAACCACUUGCUUCAACCGAGAAGUCCCUUUCUCCUUUUUCAUCGUCUCAUUCGAAUGAACAUCCAGCUCUAUCCCCUUCUCCUCCAACAAUUGGUCGAUAUCAGAUGCACCGUAUGGAUUUUAGGGGCAGCAUUACUAGAAAGGUCGAAGAAAAGUCUCCAGUAGCUGUUAGGGGAACUGUAACUUCAUUUAGCACACCGCAGAAUACCGCUCCUUGGGAUUAUUUUGAUCUUUUUAAUCCGAUUGACGAUCAUUUAUCGUUCAAUGAGCAAAAAGAACUAGACAAUGACUUGGAAAACAAAGAAUUGGAACAGGUUCGGAGCAAAAUCUCGUUCGAUGAAAGUCGUGGAUCUGAAUCGAACGAAUUUGAUGAUCAAUCAUCCGAUACACUAGUUCAAAGUGUUAAAAAUGAUAAUCGAGAGGAAAUUUAUGGUGCUUCUCCGAUAUUGCAUACUACAAGAAGUGUAGAAUUGGAGCAUGGUCGGUUGGACGAGGAGAAAAUUGUCUCGCCCAAGCUGUCUCCGUUGAAACCAAACUUUUCAGGGCCUGUGGUUACUCGAGAAGCUAUGGUGCGAUUCACAAAAGACGAUGAUUUUGAGCAUAAAAUUGCCCCGAAAGAUAUUUUCUCGAGUAUUAGAGAGGUUGAACGUCUUUUUGCUAAAGCUUCCGAAUCCGGAAAAGAAGUGCCGAGAAUGUUGGAAGCGAACAAGUUGCAUUUUCGUCCGUUAUUGCCCGGGCAAGAAUCUGAUGUGUCAACUACAGCUUCAUUCCUUAAGGCUUGUUUUGCCUGUGGAAAAGAUCCAAGCCAAUUUCCAGAAGAGCCUGCUCAGAGUUCAGCAAAGUACUUAACAUGGCAUCGGACGACAUCAUUCCGUUCGUCAUCCUCUAGGAACUUUCUUGAUUCACAUUCAAGAGAGGAUGUUGAAGACCUUAAAGGUGAUCUAUUCGAGAAUUCCUACAAGAUUUCUGGUAGUCAUGCUUCUACUUUAGAUAGGCUGUUUGCGUGGGAGGGAAAGCUUUACGACGAAGUUAAGGCUAGUCAGAUGGUUAGACGGGCGUAUGACAUGAAAUGUAAGCACUUGAGAGAACAAGAAUCUAAGAACGAAAGCCACCGUAAGAUUGACAAGACCCGUGCUGUUAUCAAAGAUUUGCAUACCCGUAUUCGAGUUUCAAUUCACAGAAUUAAUUCGAUAUCGAGAAGAAUUGAGGAAAUGCGUGACAAAGAGUUGCAACCACAGCUUGAGGAACUGAUUGAAGGGUUACGAAGAAUGUGGGAAGAGAUGUUCGAUUGCCACAAGCUACAAGUGCACAUAAUUUCAGUUGCAUUUAGUAGCGGCACCAUGAAAAUGUCCCUACAAUCAGAAUCGCGUCGCCAUAUAACCCUCCUCCUCGAAGAAGAAUUGUGCAGCCUAUCUUUGAAUUUCAUGAGAUGGAUCAAUGCUCUGAAAUUCUACGUUCAGGCGAUCAACGAUUGGCUCAACAAAUGUGUUAGAUUCCAAGAGACGUCUAAAAAGAAAAGAAAAUGGGCGCCUCCCCCGCAUUUGAGUCUAAGGAACGCGGGUCCCCCAAUUUACACGACCUGUGGUGCUUGGCUUGACUCGAUUAAUGAGUUGGAGUUUCCGGUAAAGGAAACCGUAGACACAAUAAAGGGUUUAGCAGCAGAGGUUUCUCAGUUGGUACUUCAAGAAAAAGGCCAAGGGAGGAAGGCCCACGUUGAAGGAAGAGAACCGAUGCUUGAAACGCAUACUCGCGAAGCUUUUGAGGAGUGGAAUACUCGAGACUAUGAUCAAUUCCAAUCGAGUUUAGUCAUAUUUUUAAGUCAGAUUUGUAAUUUUGCAGAACAGUCACUGAAUAUGUAUUCAGAGCUUCAGACUAAUAUCGAAGAUGCUAAGAGGAACUACGAGCACAAGAUGUCCCAACCAUGACAUUUGCGAGGUUUGACGAGGGUGGUGGAAGUUUCGCCAUAGUUUCGGAUACAUAAAGGCGGAUAAUCGAUUCAAUUUCAGCAUCGUACAUGGAUGAAACACUUUAGUUACAUAUAUACUUGCAUUCUCUUUAGCUCGUUUUUGCGACAAAUAUACUUGGUUCAAGCUAUAAAGUGUAUGUGAUUACUUUUUGUUAGAAAAUUUUGUAAUACUAGAAAGAAUUGAGGAGUUGAUCUUUUGAAAUACAGAAGCUGUCUUUGUUCUCUAUGACCAAAA